AUGGCUGAAACUAAGGCAAAACUUCUGGCAGAAUCUGGUAUAGUACCCCCAUACAAUUCAAAGGCCAUGCCUACAUCCAGGGUCAGUGCUUUGACCAAGUAUGAAGUCAAGGCUGAUGCUGGAAGUGAGGCCACUAUCAGGUCCUUUGCCAAAGCUGAUGAUAAGGCCAAUAUUGGAUCCAGGCCCCAAAGAGAGAGAGAGGGCAGCAUCAAGUUUAGGGCUGGAGACAGAGGUGGUAUUAUUAUCGAGCCCAGUGAUGAGGAUGAAAAAAAUAUCUGCUCCUGGUUCUGGACUGGAGAAGAGCCUAGUUUAGGGUCCUGGUUCUGGCCUGAAGAAGAGAACCCUUAUCAAGUUUAUAAGCCUCCACCUAAGAUCCAGGAAAAGCCCAAGCCCACACCCAAACACGAACUUACUAUAAAGCAAAAAGCAGCAGCAUGGUCAAGGGCCAGGUACAGUGUCCUAGUCCCAAUAGAGGGAGGAGAACAAUCCUUGCCUCCAGAAAGGAAUUGGACUCUGGUCGAGACCUUGAUUGAAACUCCUCUGGGGAUUCGGCCUCUGACCAAGAUCCCACCCUAUAACGGGCCUUACUUUCAGACCUUAGCUGAGAUCAAAGAACAGGUUAGGAGUAGGGAAAAGUAUGGGCCCAAUCCAAAAGCCUGUCGUUGCAAAUCGCGUGCCUUUAGUUUAGAGCCUAAAGAGUUCGAUAAACUCAUUGCCCUACUUAAGUUAACUAAGGAUCCUUUCAUUCAUGAAAUAGCUAAGAUGAUAAUGGGCAUCAGUCCUGCUUAUCCAUUUACCCAAGAUAUAAUUCAUGAUGUAGGUAUUACUGUUUUGAUUGAAAACUUGGUCAAUAAUCCCAAUGUUAAAGGACAUGCUAGAGCUUCAAAUAUGGUGGAUGAGAACUCUGAGUCUUCUGAAGAAUCAAAAAUAGGAGAGUCAUAUAUACAUCAAGUUUGUAAGGACGUAAUUUCUUGUCCUUUAAAUUCCCCUGUUCAACUUGCUGGACUAAAAUUAUUAGAGCACUUGAGUGUGAAAUUUGAGGAUCACCAUAUGAUUGCCAAUUAUAUUCCAGAUUUCCUCACCUUGUUAAACAAGGGAAGUGUCAAAACCAAGUUUUAUGUUUUAAAAGUAUUUUUGCGCUUGUCUAAAAAUCAGGCCAAUACAAGAGAACUGAUCAGUGCUAAAGUACUGUCAUCAUUGGUUGCACCUUUUAACAAGAAUGAGUCAAAGGCCAAUAUUCUUAAUAUCAUUGAAAUAUUUGAGAAUAUAAAUUUCCAGUUCAAAAAGAAGGUGAAGCUGUUUACCAAGGAAGAGUUCACUAAAUCUGAACUUAUUUCCAUAUUCCAGGAAGCAAAAGAGUUUGGUCAGAAACUCCAAGACUUAGCAGAGCACAGUGAUCCUGAGGUGAGAGAUAAAGUUACACGAUUAAUACUCAAACUCUGA